CCGCGGUCCAAAGAGGAGGCAGGAAGCCGCUCCGGGCCCGGUCCUUCGGCCACCCCCGCGAGGGCUGGAAGAAAAUAAUUUGUUGAGAUGUCAGCUGGGGAUUCUUCUAGAAAAACCUUGGAAAUGGAGUGCUUCCACACAAGAUUCAGUACCUGGACACCUUUCAGCAACAAGUCAUUAAAUAGACAGCUCUUUCAGGAAAGAGUUGCUCUUAUAAGUCAUUGGUUUGACCUCUGGACUAACAAGCAACGUCAAGAAUUCUUAUUCACGAUUUUUUUACGAUGCACCAAAUCACAGUUAAGGUUUGUCCAAGACUGGUUUUCAGAAAGGACGCAAGUGGCCAAAGUGGAUUUCUCUACAGUGUUACCACGCUUCAUUUCUCUGUAUAUCUUUUCCUUUCUGAAUCCAAAGGAUUUGUGUAUGGCUGCACAAGUCAGCUGGCCCUGGAAGUUUUUAACUGAACAGGACUGCUUAUGGAUGCCCAAAUGCAUUAGGUUUGGGUGGUUCCUGCCCUACACGCCAACGGAUCAUGAGUAUGGUGCUUGGAAGCAUCAUUACAUUGCUUGUGUGUCCAGCUUAGAUUGGCUAAUACCAAGAGAAGCCACUGCUAUCUAUGGGACCCUGAAUGAACCCAAAGCAGAAGAUGAGGAGCUGCAGGAGAGACAAAGAGAAAAGGGCUUAAGAAAAAUAAUUUGGGAGAAAAUUGUACUACGUAACAAGGAGUUAUUCAAAGUUCGACCCCCUUGGGUGAGCGGAACACGCUGCUCUAGAUUGUUAAAAUCCAAAUGCCAGCCACGUCUCUCCCAGGCUCUGAGGGAUCGAGUGGGAUUACAGGAAGCUUUGGAGAAACAGCUUGUUUUGGCAUCCUUAGAAGCUUUGCCCAAGCGAAGCAAUGUUUCUGGAAGCCAUUCCUACCCUUUAUUAUUGAAGAAAACUUGGCAUGGAGUUCAUAAAUAUGAUGACAGCUCUUCACAUGCUUCCCAGCCCCACUUCUUAUUAAUAUCAUCUCGGAUUCCUGCAUUCGAGAUGGUGGUGGACAGCAUUAAGGCAGGUAUCAUUUCUGUGGUGUACGAACAUGGCGGCUUAACCUUGGAGAGCCUGCUUUAUCUCAUAGAAAAAGCUCUGGACGGGCAGAAGGUACAGAGUAUGGGGAUAUUUAGUGAUGGAGACAGCCGAGAAAUCAAUUUACUCCAAGGUUAUAAAAUUGGUAUUAAAAAUUUAUUAAGGCCUGAAGUGAGAGACUUCUGGGAGAAACUAGGAAGCUAUGUGGCCCCUGAAGAAGAAGGGGGUCACGUGGACCUCUUUGUACCACUUGGAGCAUCAGAGGCAGGAAUGGAAGUUCUUUCUCAGCUGUCUCAACUAACUGGCACGUUCUUCACUGCCCCCACUGGCAUUGCAACUGGCUCUUACCAACACAUUCUUAGUGAUUGGCUGGGACGACCGUGGGAAAGGGCUCCCUGUUCCAUCUACUUCAGUGAAUCAAAGCUGCAGACGUGGUCCAGUCUCACGGACUUUCUGGAAGACACCUUGAAAUCAGUAAGGAAACAGUUAAGUCCUCUCUUCAAGGAGUUGCAGAAGAGUGUCAGUGCCAGGAUAAUAGGGCAAUUUACUUUUGACAACAUGAGUAUGGCUAACAUUCUGAAUAACCAAGAAAUUGCACAAACUCUGGCAGACGGAUUGAUGGAACUUUCAAAAGAUAAUUCUGACAAACCUCUGGAGUUUUUGUCAGAUUUUCUGCUGAAGAAAUGUGGUAAAGGGAGCAAAGAUUUUGAAGAAAACGUUAUUCCGACAAAAUGUGAUCCAAAGGCAGCGUUCAGUUUACUCCUGAAGGAAGGAAAUGUUCUAGAAGACAGCCCUCAGGACACAAAAUCAAGUCUCAGCAAAAACGAUCCAAAUUUGGAGAUGCUGGUUAAGCUGGAGAGAAAACUCCAGGUGGACUCAGCUGAAAAGCGAUCGAAAGUGGUCAGGGAGCUCUUACAGAGUGAGAGAAAAUACGUGCGGAUGCUGGAAAUUGUGAGAGAUGUCUACGUAACACCACUGAAAGCCGCGUUGUCAUCGAACAGAGCGAUUCUCAGUGCUGCAAACCUCCACAUCAUUUUCUCUGAUAUUUUGCAGGUUUUAAGUCUCAACAGGCAGUUUCUAGACAACCUGAGAGACAGACUGCAGGAAUGGGGCCCAGCCCACUGCGUGGGAGAAAUAUUCCUCAAGUUUGGAAGCCAGUUGAACACAUAUACCAAUUUCUUCAACAACUACCCGGUUGUUCUGAGAACUAUGGAGAAGUGCAGAGAAAUGAUACCAGCCUUCCGAGCUUUCCUGAAGAGACAUGAUAAAACCGUUGUUACCAAAAUGCUGAGCCUCCCGGAGCUGCUUUUGUACCCGGCCCGAAGAUUUGAAGAAUAUAUUAACCUUCUCUAUGCCCUGAGGCUUCACACUCCCGCAGAACAUGUUGACCGUGGGCACUUGACUACUGCAAUAGACCAACUCAAAAAAUAUAAAAGUUAUAUAGAUCAGAUGAAGCAAAACAUCAGUAUGAAAGAUCAGCUGUCAGAAAUACAGAGAAUCGUCUGCGGAUGCCCGACUCUAUCAGAAGAAAACAGAUAUCUGAUUAGAGUCCAAGAUGUAGCCCAGCUUCACUGCUGUGAUGAGGCAAUAAGUUUCUCUUUAAGGCUCUAUGAACACACCCGUGACCUCAGUCUUUUCCUCUUCAAUGAUGCACUGCUUGUUUCUAGCCGGGGCACAUCUCAUACUCCAUUUGAGAGGACUUCAAAAGCAACCUACCAGUUCAUUGCAUCAGUGGCCCUUCACAGGUUGCUUGUAGAGGAUAUUCCAGAUUCCAAAUAUAUCAAGAAUGCAUUUAUUCUUCAUGGCCCAAAACGUGAAUGGAUUUGUGCUACAGAAGUUGAGGAUGAUAAAUUCCUAUGGUUGUCAGUACUCCAAAGUGCAAUCAAAAGGAGUAUGGAGAAGUGA